CUUCUUUAAGUAGUAAAAAUGCCGUCUGGUACUCAGCCAGAUUUUAUCAAGGGGCAGUAACGCUAAUUCUAUAGGAAAAAUAACCAUUUCAACUAACAUCUGGAGUUCAAACCAAUCUUAUUAAAGAAGUAUGAAGUUUCUGUGAAGCAUCCAGGAUGUGGCUGCACAACUGCUGGUUCAGGAUUCUGAUCAUAAUACUGGUCUUGAACUCAUCCAACAUCCAAGCCAUUGGUCAGGUGACAGAAAACAGAAUUAUUCAUGUAGCCUCUGGAAAUUGGACUCCAUGGGGUCCUUGGAUUGGCUGCUCCAGUUCAUGUGGAGAGGGAGUGACACUUAGAACCCGACAGUGCAAAAGGGAUAAUAUGGAAGUAACAUGUACAGGACAAAAGCAACAGUACAAAUUGUGCCAGUCCACGCUGUGCCCAGCAGAUUCAGUGCCCUUCAGGAAUGUACAGUGCACCCUCUACAACAACAGACCCAUCCCUGGCUCAUCUCAUCAAAGAUAUCACUGGGUGCCAUUCUAUGGAGCUCCCAACCCCUGUCACUUAAACUGCUUGGCAGUAGGAUACAACUUUUAUUACAGUUUUGGAAGAGCAUUGGAUGGAACAAGUUGUGGACCACACUCUGAUGGUACUUGCGUUAAUGGUCAAUGCCUGAUGGCAGGCUGUGAUGGUAUCUUGGGUUCUGGAGUGACAAAUGAUUCAUGUGGAAACUGUGGCGGCCAAAAUGAUUCAUGUGUCCAUGUCCAGGACGUUUUCCGGCUUCCUUAUCCCUCUACAGGAAUCUUUGGUUACAAAAAUGUGACACGUAUUCCUGCUGGUGCAACGCACAUUAAGGUGACUGAUCGAAGUCGAAACAUUUUAGCCCUGAUGAGCCUGAGUAAAGGCUAUGUGAUUAAUGGGGAUUGGGCAAUGUCCAGGUCUGGCGUGUACAAAGUGGCAGGAACAGAGGUACAUUACACCCGUGUCACAGCCAGUCAUGAAUUUCUAGAGGCAUUGGGUCCUACUGAUGAGGACUUGUAUGUUCUGGUUCUCUUUCAGGAACAGAACCCAGGCAUUGAAUAUGAAUAUUGGCUACCUAAGGACAAUUACUACAACUUGCAGAGAGAUUCACAAGCUACACAUAAGGCAGUCGAUUUUGUUUUGGAGGCCUGGGUUCAUACACCUACAUCCACUAGUGCAGGAGACACAGCGAAGGAGGAAAGUAAGAAAAAAAACCACCCUAAUGACAAAACAGAUUGCCAGCAGUGUAUGCAGUUCAAGGGCAGAUCCCAGAGGAAGAAACAUUAUUGUCAGAGUGAUUUUGUAAUCCGUGGCAAGAUUUUAGGGCAGAAGACAAUAGGUCAGGAGACACGCUAUGACAUACAUAUUAAACAUGUAUACAAAAACAAGUUCCCUCUUGUGCACCGAGAAUACAUCUGGGUGUCUAACAAGUGUGACUGCCCUAAGCUUAAAGAUCAUAAAGAAUAUAUCAUGAUGCCUUCGAGACAUGUGAACUAUGAGCAUACUCUGAACAGAAUCCUGCUGACUAUUAAUAGUUAUGUCAAGCGCUGGUCACAACACGAGGACUACCAGGUGGAACGACUAAGUAGAUCGUGCAGAACAUCCUCCUGAGAGCUUCACAAAACAGGAUCCUUAUUAUUUACAUGAAGACUGAGAGGGCAGGAAGCCCAAAGUCAUCAAAAAUGAGAAUAGCAAAGCCCAAAGCAGAAGAGAAUCCAGAGACUAAGACUGAAAGCACCUGGAACAACUAGCACAAGGGACACAUUAGGCCUGGAAUGUAUAAUUUAAUGUAAUUUAUUAAAUGUAAAAAUAUCUAUGUUGAAGGCUCCAUAAAGGUAUCUGUCACAGAUUUCAUAAAAAAAUCCACACCAAAUCAUUGUUUUUAGGGGAGGCACCAUGUGGCAGCACACGGAGUACCUAUGGUACGGAACUGAAGGAGCUCCAGGUAUCUGUGUACAUGGCACUUCUGUGCAAGAUGCCUUACUGACAUGACAAACUUAAAUGAUAUAGAAAAUAUAAUGUAUGUUCUGCAAAAACAUUUCCACUCAGUGUGAUUUCAAAUUGAAGGUCUAUUGAA